AUGGGACAAGGUUAUGCACCAUCGGGAAUAGGGUGUAACAUGCCCGGACAGAUGAUGGGACCACCUUUUGUUCCCAUGAUGUAUCCUCAAGGAUUUGGUGGUUAUCCAUAUAUGCAUCCAACGACAUCUGGUCACAUGAUGCAUACUCCAGGACAUAAUGGGCUCUUUAAUGUGGGGACAUCUUCGUCAAUGGGUGGUAGUACUCCACAACAAUCUGGACAAGUUAAUGUCAAUCCUUCAAACGAAAAUCCAACACCAACUAGACAUUCAGCAGGAUUUCGGGGUCAACCCCGACAUUUGAAUUUUAUGGAUGAUUCUACGGGAAAUCAAUCUGUAAACUAUGCAAACGAAUAA